UUAUAACGCAAUGUUUCCAGAAAUUCAUAUCAAGACAGAGAAGCCCGAUGCCUACUCCCAGCAACACAAACUCCAGCCUGAAUGCACACGCCUUGGGUCCAGCCGGGCCUACCAGCAGCAGCAGAACUGUGGCUCGGGCAAAGGCACCCUGCCCAAGCUGGAUACUAAGCCCUUGGUUGUAAACAAUGUCAAGUACCAUCACCAGUCUGAAAGCAUCCUGCCCCACAUCACCAGCAAGGGCCUGCAGAACACCUGUGAUGGGCAGCUUUCAGGUACUAGGCACCAGGAAAGCUUCCAGGAUGAGAGAUCAAAGAGCUCCACAGUGGAGAGUCUGCCAGAGUCCAUCAACAGGAAGAACAAUCAGGAGCAGGAGAGGAAUAUUGAGGGACACAAUCUGCCCAUGUCUCCUGCAGAGGUCUUGAAGGCGUUCAAAGAUCGUCUGACGGAGCAUGAGCAGGAGGAGAUCAUGGACUACUCCGAGGUCUGGUACCUGGGCCUGGAUGCCAAGAAGAUGGAGGGUUCCCCCAGCCUGCCACACAACUCUGGCUACGACGAUGAGAGCGGAGGCUAUCUGAAGGUCGCGCAUGACCACAUAGGCUUCCGGUUUGAGGUGCUGGAGGUGAUCGGGAAAGGAUCCUUCGGACAGGUCCUGAAGUGCCUGGAUCACAAGACCAAUGAACUUGUCGCCAUCAAGGUCAUUCGCAACAAGAAAAGGUUCCACCACCAGGCCAUGGUGGAGUUGAAGAUCCUGGAUGCGUUGAGAAGGAAGGACAGAGACAACAAACACAACGUCAUUCACAUGAAGGAGCACUUCUACUUCCGGAACCAUCUCUGCAUCUCCUUCGAGCUCCUGGGAGUGAACCUGUACGAACUCAUCAAGAAGAACAACUUCCAGGGCUUCAGCCAGAUCCUGGUGCGCCGCUUUGCCUACUCCCUCCUCAAGUGCCUGCAGAUGCUGCACAAAGAGAAGAUCAUCCACUGUGACCUGAAACCGGAAAACAUCCUUCUGUCACACAAAGGCCAAGGCAACAUCAAGGUCAUUGACUUUGGCUCCAGCUGCUACGAGCAGCAGAGAGUUUACACCUACAUCCAGAGCCGCUUCUACCGUUCCCCAGAGGUGCUCCUAGGCCAUCCCUACAGCAUGGCCAUCGACAUGUGGAGCUUUGGCUGCAUCCUGGCUGAGCUCUACACUGGCUUCCCCCUCUUUCCUGGGGAGAGUGAGGUGGAGCAGAUUGCCUGCAUCAUGGAGGUGCUGGGAAUGCCUCCAAAUGAUUUCUUGUCGACAGCAACCAGGAAAAGGCAUUUUUUUGAUUCCAAGGGCAACCCCAGGAACAUCACCAACAGCAGGGGGAGAAAGAGACGGCCCGACUCCAAGGAUCUGGCCAGUGUCCUGAAGACCAACGAUCCUGUCUUUCUGGACUUCAUCAAACGCUGUCUCACGUGGGACCCUAAGAAGCGCAUGACGCCCGACGAGGCCAUGCAACAUGAGUGGAUCCAGGAGGCCCGCUCCAACAAGUUUCGGCCCAAGACCCGCACCGUGAGAAGGCCCAGCGAGAGCCUGAGCAACGUGGAGAACAACAAGAUAGAGCAGCACAUUCCCCACAACCCAGCCCUCAUCAACAAGAUAGUUGACAAGGCAUUCUACAGCCCGUUCUCCAACGCCACAGACAAGCCCAAGAGAGAGAACUCUGUGAAGCUGGCGUCCGCCGAGCGCUUGCGUCCGAUCGGGGCUUCGGCCGAGGGCCAGAUGGGCGAGGGCAAGACCAAGAGCACCAGGGCUGUUAGCAGCAGCAAGCAGGAGGUACCUAGGGAGAGGUCAGUCCACAUCGUCAUCAGACCCCGGCUGGAGCACACUGUAGACGCAGACUGGGACAGUCUGGAGCCCCAGCAGGGCCUGUCCCCCAUCACUUGAAGGCCCCAGGGACA